AUGGAUAUCAAAUCGCUUGGAUGGCGGAUGGAGGUGCAAGGUCCAGCAGGGAUUAACAGCGACGGUCAAUUAAUCAUUACGAGUCGCGAGAUGCCGGUAUUUCAACCGCUGCAUGAUGAUAGAGAGAAAGAUUGCUUCACCCCAGACGUCGCUCACGCUUUUGUGUGCCUUGAGGAGAAUAAACUUCCGAUCCGAUCCUGUGCGCAUUUUAGGCUGAGGACACAACAAGGAAAAUCACAGCAACGUGCUUCGAAAGAGUCUAAACGAGGGUCGCAACGUCCAAAAUUAGGAAUGCAAGAAGGUGAUGGUGGCAGUGUGGACAAGAUACUGUUGAUUUUUCUCACUAAGUUGUGGUUGCGACAACACAUGUGGUGGUGGUGA